AUGCUCAGACUUGUCGUUGAGGUUAAAAAUGCAUGUAAACUUGAACCCACGACUUCAUCAUCAUCAUUCAGGUUCAUAGACUGGCAUCAAGGAAACCUGACCAUGAAAGAAGCGAAAAUCUACGAAACACCCAAUAAAUGCUCUGAUAUUACUGAGAUUUGUUACAUACAAAGCAGUGUACGGCAGAGAUCAACCUAUGGUGAGAAUUGUGACUACCUUUUCGUGUGUUCCAACGAUGGCUUUAUUCAAGUUUUCUCAGACGUCCAAGAUGCGUUAUUCAGGAACAGAGCAUUGCGGCCUCUAGGGUUCUUAACAUGCAAUGUAGAAAUUGCCCGCUGCGACAUCAAGCUGCCGAUCAUUUCUCUCGACUAUCUGGACGGUAUGCUUUACUGCUUAUGUGCAAACGGGCAGCUCUGCGUCUUUAUUUUGGACUUGCCCAACACCUAUGUCAAAUCCCGUUCUCCAGUGUUUACACAAAGGGCAAAAGAAGCCAACGGUACUGAUUUAAACUUGGAAUUCCACCGACUCAAGCUCGAAGGUCUAUCUUCGGAGGAUCUUAAGCUUUUGAAGCAGUCGCCAUACACCGGAUCCAUUCACAACCCUUACAAUUACCUAGCUCCGGCUCAUGAAACGUUUCGAACUCGAAAAAAGCAUAUCUAUGGGAUGUCACAAAGUACAGCGCCAUGUUUCCAGCCUUCUUUCACGCUGAAUCUCGGUCCGGACGUGAGCCUUGUCCGUAUCAACCCGUACAAUAAGUACAGCUUCUUCACAAAUGCUGUAUCGGGUCGCUUAACGUUGCAAAAGAUCCGUAUUACCCCCAAUUACCUUUUAUACUUCAAACGACUGAAGUCAUUCAUCAAGCAGGCAAGCAAGGAAAUGAUACGGAAUUGCUGGACGUUGUGCAUUACGACCGACGAAACUGGGAUCAGCACCAACUCUCCCCGCACAGUACUGAAUGGAUAUUACCCCGCUGCGGAUCCUUUAGCUGCCAUCGAGAAAGAACAACUGGAAUUGUGCGCUGAUCAUUCCAGUCGACGAGAAACGUGCAGUUCCAAACUGAGAAUGAAUUCCGGUGUUCCAGAACUUCAAUACUAUUCCUGCUGGCGUGAAGCGAUUCUAAACAAGAUAGAGAGCAGCUGUGUUGACAGUGCUAAAAGUAGCCUGAGAGGCCUGAAAGUCAAGCCUUCUGUCGCUCGAAAAAAAAGGAAAUCGCCGCUUAAAGUGCAGGAUGCGGCGAAGGAUGCGCAUGAUAUAAAUUGCGGUGACGACAGCACAGAGAGCAUUAUGGGUCGAGCGACCUUUGACUUUGGAUUCAUAGAAAAAAGUAGCGGCGCUAUUGACCAUCGAACGGAAGCUAUCAGUCUAGCAAACGAACUCGAAGGUGAAAGAGCAACAAGAGAAUCGUUCCUUCCAAAUUUUUACCGCAAUUUGAAGAUUUUAUCAAUGGGCGGAGAUUUGAAACUUAAAGUUUUGUACCCUUCUGUUACUAGCCGACCUUACUUGAUUUCCGACUCAAACAAUGCCACAGAGAGUUGGAUCACAGCGCUGAGACGUAUACCCAGAGACCGCUGGUUUUCGCAGUGGUUGUUCCUGAUAAAUGAGAAUUAUCAUCUCGCAAUCAGUGCUGAGGGAGUAAUGCUGUUCAAUAGUUCGCGCAUUACCGAGAAACUGCCAAAUUCUUCUUUAUCAAACAGGAAGAACGUCGACUUCUCACUAGGGCUCGUUUUAGAUGCAGUAGUGCUUGUAAAAAAUGUCCAGAUCUGCCAUGGUUGCAGCGACUGCCAAGGGGACAUAGCGCUCAGUCUCGAUAUUGUUGUGACAUGCGUCGACAAGCUUAUUAUGGUUCUAGAAGUCAAUUUUCCGCUUCAUUCUAAGGUUGGUAACUGGCAGAUCUUGGAUGUGGCAAGACUUCCAGAACCCACAAAAGAGCUGGGGAGACUGACAGUGAUGGAAUUCCCUGAGAUUCGCAACCAAAAGAGAAAAUACAAGAGUUUAUCGAAAACUUCAACCAGCACUAAAAGGGUCAAAACCUCGGAGGAACAACGCACAGUAAGUACAACUUUGAGAAUUCAUAGUACCUCUUGA